AUAAAAUUUACCUAACCUAAAAAUCUCGAUUUGGAAAGUCGCCUUCACAAUCUAAUCGAUAUUAAGAAUGGUUAUUAAAAAACAUGAUUAACCAGGUAUCGACGUGAACCCCCUUUGAAAAGUUUCAUAACAUGAAAUCUUUGUCUACUAUGGUUCAGAAAUGCCAGACUUGUCCCUACUUCACAACAUUACCGCGUUUAAUGGAAAAUCAUGCCAAACGCAACCAUUCUUUAAUGAUACAUUUCAGCUGUGAUGACAAUGUAGAAACUUACUGCUGUCACAACUGCAACUUCCAGACAGAUUUUAUUAUCACUUUGAAGAAACACAUUAAAGAGUGUCACCCAAGUGAAAAAAACAACCUCCAGCUAGAUACCAGUUACAGUAUUCAAAGUUAUAGUUGUAAAAAUUGCGAUUUCGAAACUUAUACCUCACUUAAACUUCUUCAGCACACUAUAGCUUGUCAAGAUGCUCAGCCACUAACAACCAGUUUAAAAUUACACACAACUAGAAAACAUUUGCAAGGAGUUUGCUGGUACCCCUGUCAAAAAUGUACUUACAGGGCCAAAGACAAAUCAAAUUUAAGGAAGCAUGUCUACGCCAAACACACAGACAAAAACGACAUCAAAUGGCACAAGUGUAAUCAUUGUUCAUAUGUGACAAUAAUCUUAGAUCGAUUAAGAACACAUAUAAAGCACAAACAUUUGGGUGAUAAAACCCAGUGGUAUUAUUGUGAUAAAUGCCCGCAUAAAACCAAAUACAAACAUGGAAUAAGACUACACAUGACAAAUGUGCACGAUGAAAAUAAACCGUUCCAAUGUAAAAAGUGUUCGCGCACUUUUAAACAUAUGGACCGCUUGAGAAGACACACAAUUAACAUACACUUGGACGAGGACAAGAUUCAGUGGCAUCAAUGUGAACAAUGUCCAUACAAAGCUAAAACCAGGUCGACCUUGUUAAAACACAUAAAUGAUAUACAUAAAGAUGGUAAGAAAUAUCGUUGUGAUCACUGUACAUAUAAAGGACGUACUUCGUUCGAAGUAGCAGAGCAUAUAAACACUAAACAUUCACAGGGCAGUGAAGUUAAGUGGUACCAGUGUACAAAAUGUCUUCAAAAAUAUAAAACUAAAGCAGGUUUAAGCUGUCACGUGCGCAUGCAGCAUGAAGGAUUCCGUGGAAAGUAUCAGUGUGAACAAUGUGAUUUUAAGUCAUCUAGUUUGCAAAGUUUAAAAGACCAUAUAAAUUGCAAACAUUUAAGUGACACUGAGGUUGAGUGGUACCAGUGUGAAAAAUGUCCAGUUAAAUAUAAAACUAAAUCGUCUUUGAGAGACCACAUGCACGAGAAACAUCUCAGUGGGGACAGGUAUCGGUGUGAUCAGUGUGGUUAUAAUGCACGUAAAUCGCAACGUUUAAAAGACCAUAUAAAUAGCAAACAUUUAAGUAACACUGAAGUUGAGUGGUACCGGUGUGAAGAAUGUCCAGCUAAAUAUAAAAAUAAGACGUCUUGGAGACACCACAUGAAUUUGAAACAUCCAAGUGGUAACAAGUAUCAGUGUGAUCAAUGUGAUUAUAAGGCGAAUUAUACGCAGUGUUUAAAAGACCAUAUAAAUAGUAAACAUUGAUCUGACACUGAAGCUGAGUGGUAUCAGUGUGAGAAAUGUCCAUUUAAAUAUAAAAAUAAAUGCUCUUUGAGGGAACACAGACGCCUGAUACAUCGAGGUGUUAAGAAGUUUCAGUGUGAUCAGUGUGAAUUUAAGUCACGUUAUAGCGGCCCUCUAGAAAAACAUAUAACUCGCACUCAUUGAUAACGUUCCAGUAAAGUUAAUACGUUAUUGAUAUAAUUAACGUGCAAGAAGUGAUCUUAUGAAUGCAAUUAAAACAAAAAAAUUAAUAUAUAGAAAUGAAAUGAUGAGGUGUUGUUAUUAAAAACGUAAUGUAAUAAGUCAUUCUCUCAAA